AUGAUGAUACCAGGAAGUAAUCAAGCGGAUUGGGCGGCUUAUGUUGGUCAAAAUGGGCAACAAGUAGCAGACGCACUGAAAGCUCAAGGGCUUCAUCCUCAAAUACUGGAAGAAGGUCAACCAGGAACAAAGGAUUAUAAACCUAGUCGCGUCCGGAUUAUCGUUAACCAAGCUGGAAUUGUUGUACAACCACCAACGACUGGUUAA